ACUUCUACUUCACACGCUGCCAUAACUAGUGAAUAUACCGACUCUGUAACGUUCACUGCGGGGAUAUAACGUUUGUCUCGGAUCCAAAAUAAUCUUUAAACGCCCGAAACACCUUUAUUUCUGCAACAGAAAAAUACUGUUUCCAUGUUAGACAUACAGAGAUACCGGUGGCCCAACUAUGAGAUGCAGCUUCUUGGACAGUUGCAGAGACAGCAAAACAGCACCCAGCUCUGUGAUACCCUGCUGCAAACCGAUGGUAUCUCAAUCCCAACCCACAGCUGUGUCCUUGCAGCUCUCAGCCCCUUUUUGUCUCAGAAGCUGUCGGCCUCCCCACCACCUCUAUCUGGACAGAAACGCGAGCUCCAGCUCAAGGCUGUGAAGGCCCAGACCUUGCUCAAACUGGUCGGUCUGAUGUACUCUGGUGAGCUGGAGGUAAAAGGAAACGUGGAGCAGGAUGAUUUGCUGGCUGCAGCUCGCCAAUUUGGAAUCCCAGAUCUUGUAGAAAUACAGAAAGAUGUUGGCAUGAAUCAGGGAGAGCUUCUGGAGAAGAGGCAGCGACUUGGUAGUUGCAGAGAGAGUGGUGUUCACACAGAAGUGGGCAGACGGAGGCUUGGAAGUCGGAAAAUGAGGAAUGCACAAGUUCAGACUGAGUUGUCCAUAAGAAGAGAUAAAAGUUGUGUCUCUACAGGUACACAGACUGUUAAAACUGGUAAAAAGACAAUGAGGAGUUCUGUUAUUCCCCCUGACCAAACCGACCCUCCAACAUCAGAGCCAUCAUCCUCUGUUCUGCAAAGUUUGAAUUUUUCUGUCUCUUUGCAACACCAAAGCAUCGCAUUUGAUAAACAGCCAGCUGUUCUCAGUGAUGGAGAGUCUACAAGUGGCCGAUCAUCUGAAAGCGCAACAAAUCCUCCGUCAACUUCAGCUUCGUCCAGUGACACAGUGUGCUGCCAUAUUUCCUUGCAGGAUGACUCUAGAUCCCCAAGAGCUCAGGAAGACAGCGUCCGCCAAGAGUCAUCUGAUAAUUGGAACAGCUUUCAGGUGUUGAACAGGGAAAGGACAGGACUGAAACAUGGAAACACUAACAGCAAGACACCUGACAAUGGAGGAAAUGGAAAGCUGCUGAGACAGGUCAACAGAGAUGAUACGCCAGGAGAGCUAGACGGAAACUCUGCAGAGAGGCGGCAGCCACAUGCCAAUGCAGGAGAAAAGAGCCUGGCCAAGAUGAAACAGAUGCAACAGGUGAUGGAAACAACACAAAUAUCUGUCAAGCUGAAGCUGAGGAGGAGGACUAAAGGAGAAGUGUGGGAAGUGGUGAGCAUCCAAGACCCAGAUGAGACACUGUCAGUCCUUACCUCCCUGAAACAGGAUUGCGCCACCAUUAAAACUCCACAGACGGACCUUGAAGAAGUCCAUCCUCCUCCUUCCACCGUCAGCCAGUACACAAGUCAGAAACUGCAGACCCAGAACCUUCAAUCUGCCACCACUUCCCCCAUACAAUUAAGUCACUCCAACACUACUUCUGAGUCCCAGUCAUUCUCCAGUGGCUAUUUCACCCCAAACCAAAGCAGUGAGCUGGAGUGGGUGUCACUCUGUCAGCCUGAGGGCUCUGUGGAUGAGUCUGAUGAGCAGAUAGAGAGGCUGCUGGAGGCUGUCAUGAUGGGCCUGAACAUCCUGCCCAGCUUGGAGAGGGACUGCAAGACGCCACAGACGAACAGUGACGAAGCACUGAGCAUUUGUCAGGUCUCAGUUACAGAAGAUGACCUGGUCCAGAGCCAGAUGCAUGAUGUGGUCAGUGCAGCAGGAUGUAUGUUCUCCCGGGAUCUGGGAACAAAAAGUAGUCAUUCACCAACAGAUACAGCUCAUGGCCAGCCCAGCUACGCAAGCCUUUCAGCUGUACAGCCUGAUGAUGAAAUCCAACAGCAGUGCUUUCCUCUGUAUGACUUCACCCUGGGGCAAAGCGAUGGGAUGAGCUGCCAGGAUGUGCCACCAUUCAAUUGUCAAGGUUCUCUAUAUCCCCAAGCAUCCACGACAUCGGUCAUGCCCUCAGGUUUCUUUUCCAGUGAGCAGAAACUGCAUUACCCUGCAUUUCAGCAGCCAUCUUCACAGGAACAUCAGCCACUUCUUGAGUUUUUGCCUUUGCUGAAUGGAGAUGAGACACAGUCUGAGCAUACUUUUCCCUUUCCUUGCCUGGAUGAUUUGCGACUUCCUCCGUGUCUCUCUCCCUUAGUGCCAUGUACCUUCUCAACAAAACACAAGCCUCUCAUUGACAACUCAAUAAACCCUGUCAAUGAUGUCCAGCAGCAGCCAUUGCUGCCAAGGUACCCCUGGCUCACAGAAAGCAAUGAAUCACUGCAGUUUCCUCUCAGUGCCAUAACUUACAGAGAAAAUAAAAGUGCAUCUGUACCACAGAAUACAAACCAUAGCUGUUGGUCAAAGCAAUGGCAGAAGUGCAUGGAGCUGAAUCAAAAUGGAGGAACGUGUGCAGCAUCUUGUUCUGUGAAUGCAAUAACAGCAGUGGAACUGAAGUCUGACCCUGUGAAGGUGAAGGAAAGUUUAAAAUGUGAACAAGUCGACACUACAGGGGAUACUGUGGCACCUAAAAGGAGGAAGAGAAAGGGUAUAAAUCAUCCACAAGAUGCCUCCAGUGGUUUUUUGGCAUGCAGAGAUUUAAAACUCGAUGAUGGAAAAGAUAACUUUUUGUCACUCAGUUUGUCAGUUAAUGACAACAAAGAUGUGCUGCUGAAGGAAACUUCUGCCAGCUCUUCAAACAUGCCAUGCAGACUUUUAGGGAAACCAAAUGGCAUGUUUACCUUCGAAGAAAGUGUGAGAGAGAAAACCAGAGGGCCAGGGGAUCUUAGUACAGGACGGGCUCGGAUCAGGACCAGAGGAUUUGUGAAAAAAGCUCAGCAAUCAUCAAAUAACACAGUCCCAGGAAAUUCUUCUGUGUUAAUACCCGUAGUCUGCAGAGCUAAAAUUGUGAAUGAGCAAGGAUCUUGGAAGAAGAAACGUGGAAGACCUCCAAAAGUGAAACUUGAAGAAAACCCUUUCACUUUUGUUCCUGCCAUCAUUGAAAACAAGAGCCAUGAUGUGGUCGGUGAGCAGCAGCUUGACGUGGACUUGCCAAAGGAGAUGGAGGAUGAAAAAACAAAGAGAAGGUGCAAAAAACGGAGGAGAAAUAUGAGUGGAGUGAAGGAAAUUCCACUAAAGAACACCCUAAGUGCUGAGUGUAACAGCAAGGCAGACAAUGACAAGAACAAUAAUAAUAAUGACAUUAAAAGUCCAGGAAAACCCAAACGGCCACGGAUGGUUACUCUGAAGGACAUUGAAAAGCUUAUCAAGCGGCAACGCUCAAUAACCAGGAAGUCAAAAGAAAGCCAGCAAGCAAAUGAACCCGUAACAGAUGUAGGAAGCGAAAUGAAGGCUAGCAGAGAUGGCAGCAGAUUGGACGAAUCGGCUAACGAGGCAGAAAUAGUGAUAGAUAUUGAAGAAGAUGCCAUCAGUUUCAAUGGCACAGUGGAUGAAAAUCACAAUCAGCUUUUCAACAAAUCGCCAGCUCAGUUUAGCAAAUCACACCGAGAUGACAGCUCUGCAAGUGAGGACACUGGUUUGUUUGGUAAAAAAGACCAUCCAGCGACCUCCUUCCGUGUCUUGGAGGAAGACAGAGAGACGCCACUGAAGAAUCCUGAUGAAGGAUUGUUCUGUGGCUCAGGAGGAUCCGAUGUUAUGCAGUCUGUAAUCAGCAAUGAAGGCUCAUCUCACAGUGACGUCAACCUGCCUGGAGAAUAUGACAACACAGCUUCGGACCAGAGCUCGCACCUCCAGACGCCUGAGAAAACUGGUCCACCUGUGUCAGAACCUGAUGAGGAAGAGGAGGAAGAGGAGGAAGAGGAGGUGGAUGUUCUGUUUUACUCUCCAGACAAUGCACCCCAGUCCAGACUGUGUGAGGACGGAGUCAACAACAUGGACACGACUGCAGACGAAGAGGAGGAAAAUGAGAUCGACGUUACAGGAGAUGAGGCCGAGUAAGCUUUGUACACGUGCACAGUUUUUACAGUGUUAUCAGUUCAGCACUUUGUCAUACCAAGUCUGAAGUUGUCUCUGUUCUGGUUUUAUUUACGUUCUCAGAAUGCCAGUAUCAUGUAUAUUUUGUAGAAUUUACACCCUUCCUUCUUAUCUUUUCUUCUUCACUAUCUGGCACUUACAAGCUUUGCACAUGCAAGACUUAUAGUCUGGUUUUGACCCUUGUUUAGUUCAACUUAUAUGGUUCGAACGGUUCUUUACUUUCCACUGAAAGAAAAAAGUUCUUACUGUUGUGUACAU